GAGUUCCCCGAAAAUGGCGACGCAGUCCUGUAGUGGAGGUGCAGCCGGUCCGUCCGGUCCGCUCCGGGUUUCUCUGCACCGCCUCCAGCUCCGGCAGGCUGCCGUUGAAGAGCAUCGACUCCGGUUUGGCGGUUCGCGUCUCCGGUCCAUCCGCCAUGCCGACUGUUCUUUGUUACAUUUUACUGAAGACCGGCCGCUCAGAUCGGAGUUAAAACCCGGCUAGCGUUUGGGAACGACUCAAAUCCUGGAUCCCGUCUCCUGCCCGGACUGCAUAGAUUAACACGCCAACUGUAUCACUAAUAAUACCCAAAACAUAGAUCAUGUUUAUCAUAACACACAUGUGAUGCAUUCAAGUGUCCCAGGUUGGCAUAAUGGCUGAGCAGGCACCAGAUGAGUUCAUCUGGUGUGAGGACUGUGGCCAGUACCAUGACUCAGAGUGUCCCGAGCUGGGACCACUGGUGACCGUAGAGGACUCCUUCGUCCUCAGCCGGGCCAGGUCUUCUUUACCAAACAGCCUAGAGAUCAGACAGGUGGAUGACGGGCAGGAGGGGGUGUUUGUGCUGCGCCGGCUGGUCAAGAGGACCCGCUUUGGGCCCUUUGAGGCCAAGAGGGUCCCCCACCUUGAGAAGGAAGGAGCGUUCCCUCUAAAGAUCUUCCAGAACAAUGCCGUAGUGGUGUGUUUCGACUCCAGCAGUGAAGAAGACUGCAACUGGAUGAUGCUGGUGCGACCUGCCGCCGACCACACACACCAGAAUCUGACUGCCUACCAGCAGGACGAUGACGUGUACUUCAACACCUCACAGGAUGUGUUCCCUGGAACGGAGCUGAGGGUGUGGUACGGAGCUUUCUAUGCCAAGAAGAUGGAGAAGCCCAUGCUUAAGCCUCCACUUCAACCAGCACCUACUCCAGAUGUGACGGAGACCUUGGGCAAAACUGGAGCUCACGUUCCCCUGGUGGUUGAAGAAAACAACGCAGGCCACAUGCUGAGUCACCUGGAUGAGGCGGCAAAAGCAGAGGAGCCUCCGGUGGACCCGCCCCUGCCCCGAGAGGAGGAGAGUCUGGUCGGCCCAUAUGAGGAGGAGGAGGAUGUGGGGGAUCCCCCUCCAGCUCGACCGGUCCAUAAGAGAGGGCAGGGCCGAGGGAGGAGAGCUAAGGGACGCAGGCCCGGAGCUACGGCAAGCAAAAGCAAAGAUGUGAAGCCCUCGGUGGCGAGCUCAGAGCCAGCAGCAGAGCGCAGAAGCCAGCUGAGCUCUCCGGACGGGGGGGCCGCACCGAAGAGACACAAAGCCAGAGAGCACAAGAGGGUGUACCGCUGCUCCCUCUGCAACAAGGUCUUCCAGAACAGCAGCAACCUCAACAGACACAUCCGCUCUCACGGUGAUAAGCUGUUCAAAUGCGACGAAUGCGACAAGUUGUUCAGCCGCAAGGAGAGUCUGAAGCAGCACAUCUCUUACAAGCACAGCAAGAACAUGACGGACCAGGAGUACAAAUAUAAAUGCAACACAUGCGAGAAAUCCUUCCGCCUGGAAAAUGCCUUAAAGUUCCACAACUGUCGGACAGACGACAAGACGUUCCAGUGCGACAUCUGCUCGCGCUUCUUCUCCACCAACAGUAACCUCUCCAAGCACAAGAAGAAGCACGGCGAGAAGCUCUACUCCUGCGAAAUCUGCAACAAGAUGUUUUACCGCAAAGACGUGAUGCAAGAGCACCACAGGAGGCACGGCGUGGGACCAAAGCACAUGAAGAGAGAGGAGCUGGAGGCCAAUGGAGAAGAAGGGACCAGGUACAGGAAGGAGCCGUCACCCUGUCCCAUCUGUGGCAAGGUGUUCUCCUGCAGGAGCAACAUGAACAAGCAUCUGCUGACUCAUGGUGAUAAAAAGUACACCUGUGAGAUCUGCGCUCGCAAGUUCUUCCGCGUGGACGUCCUCCGAGAUCACAUUCACGUCCACUUCAAGGAUAUAGCCUUAAUGGACGAGCAGGAGAGAGAGGGCUUCAUCAAGAAGAUCGGCAUUUCAGAAGGCGACAGCGACGAAACGGACGACGAGGACGAUGAAGAGGAUGAAGACGAUCCAGAGCACCACAAGUACAACUGCAAGAAAUGCCAACUGUCGUUUGCAAAAGGCAAAGAGUACCUAAAGCACAUCCUGGAGCAGCACAAGGAGAGAGGAUACGGCUGCGGCAUCUGUAACCGACGCUUCGCGCUGAAGGCCACGUACAAUGCUCACCUGGUCAUCCACAGAGAGCAGCUGCCUGACCCAGCAGUGCAGAAGUACAUCCAUCCGUGUGAAAUUUGUGGCCGAAUCUUCAACAGCAUUGGUAACCUGGAAAGGCACAAGAUCAUCCACACUGGGGUGAAGAGCCACGGCUGUGAUAAGUGUGGCAAAUCAUUUGCGAGGAAGGACAUGCUGAAGGAGCACCUCAGGGUUCACGACGACAUCCGGGACUUCCUGUGUGCAGAGUGCGGGAAAGGCAUGAAGACCAAGCACGCUCUGAGGCACCACAUGAAGCUCCACAAGGGCAUCAAGGAGUACGAGUGUAAAGAGUGCAACCGCAAGUUCGCCCAAAAGGUCAAUAUGCUGAAACACUACAAGAGACACACAGGUAUAAAGGACUUCAUGUGCGAGCUGUGUGGAAAGACGUUCAGCGAGAGGACCACUCUGGAGACACACAAGCUCAUCCACACAGUGGGUAAGACGUGGACGUGCGCCACGUGCGACAAGAAGUACCUGACCGAGUACAUGCUGCAGAAGCACGUCCACCUCACCCACGAGAAGGUGGAGGCCCAGUCCUGUCACCUCUGUGGGACCAAGGUGUCCACCCGAGCCUCCAUGAACCGCCAUCUGCGACGCAAACACCCGGAGGUGGUGUCUGUGAGAAUGGAUGAGUUUGAUGAUCUUCAGGAAGCGUCGUCAAUCAACGAUUCCUCUAUCAGCAUCGUGCAGCCCACUCUGACACUGGAAAAAGACGGCAUGCCCCAGGAGAGGCUCGGCCGGCCAUCUCGACACCCCAAGAAGAAGCAGAGAGUUCCGGUUGAGCCCGAGCUCUCCGAGUCCGACGAAUACGUUGAUUACGCUGAGCCGAGGCACGAACAGAUGGCGGAGUUCAACGCCGUCAUCGUCGGCGACGAGACCGAGACCAGCUCUGCUGUGCAGAGUAUCCAACAGGUGGUGGUCUUGGCCGACCCCGGAGCUCCAUCAGCCUCUUCACCCAACAGCUCAGUGGGUCUGACCAACAUCACCGUGACGCCCAUCACCAGCCACGCCCCCGCCCAGUUCACCAACCUGCAGCCGGUAGCCGUGGGCCACAUGACGGCCAGCGACCGACCCCUCACCCUGGACAACUCCAUCCUCACCGUCACCUUUGACACCGUCAGCGGCUCCGCCAUGCUACACAACCGGCCCGCCGAGCUCGUCCCGGAGACGGUGGGCCCCGGCGGUGGUGCGGCGCCCCAGUCAGUCGCCCACUUCAUCAACGUCACCACGCUGGUCAACCCCAUGGGCCACCAGCUGGAGGCCCCGACCCUGGCCUGGAGGCCCGUGCCAGCGGUGGAAGGUGGCCAGGUCAACCCCAUGGUGGAGGGAUCAGUGGGGGAGAGUCAGGAGGUCCAGAGCCAGGGCUCAGAGCCGGGCAGGCCCGUCCAGAACCAGCCGCCCACACCGCAGCAGCAGAGCAGCUCCGCACAGCAGAUGUUCGGCUACUAGAGCAGAGACUGGAGGUGCUGGUCACCUCACACUCACAGACGUUGUAAUAUAGUAGAAUAGAUUUUAUCAAUGUCACCCUGAUGCCUCUCCAGCCCCAUGGAAGUGAAUGAAAUGUAAUGAUUUUUUCUUAUGCUGACAAAACACAGUGGCUGUUAAUAACUCACAUAAUAUUUAAAAAAAAUAAAGAAAUGGUACAUUUAGCCUAAAUCACCUACCCUCCUCUGGAAUAUUUACAUUUCAAACCAAAGCAGCAUGUUGAACAUUCAAAUGCCUUACCAGCCUUUUAAACACAUGCAUGUCUUUAAGAUAAAUCUGCUGCUCAAAGAAUGAAAUGAACCAACCUGAAAGACACAUUUGGUGCAGUGGACCGUGAAAGUGAAAACACUAAUACCAGGUUAUGUGGUGAUACUUCACUCUUGAGAUGUUAUUUUUGAAUGCUGUAAACUGUAAUUACUGAUGAGCUGGAAGAACUGGAAGAGUUUUUGUACUGUUAUUUUUAAACAAAAUACCUCUUUGAAAUGGUUGUUCUUUUUAUUUGUCUUUGUUUAUAUGAACUCAGUUUGUGUGUUCAACAGUGACAACUUUCA